CAGGAUCUCUGAAGGGCCAUGAUGCGCCGCGCUCGGCGCCACCUCGUCUCCAGUCACCUCGGUGGUGUGCGUAGGCCAGGAGACUGUGCUUCAAAAAAUCGCAGGCGAUACUGCCAGUGCAACACUUCCAGGGCAUGAGGCGGCUGGCAACCUCUCCCUUGGCACGGCGUGAUUUCAUCUGUUUAAUAUUGUGAAAGCGCCCAGUGUAGCUUGUGCUUGAAUCGGUACCACCGUUCGCUUUGUACGAUCCCAUCUGACCGCUAUCGACAAUCAUGGGAGACACCAACGGCCCAAAGAUCAUCGUGACACUAUGGGUCCUGACGGUGCUCCCGUUGGUGUUCAUGCUUCUUCGCUUCUACUGUAAAGCACGAUAUUCAAAACUGUUUGGAUGGGAUGACACGCUGCUUGCGGUUGCUUGGGUUCUCUCACUGAACUACACCAUCUUUCUGCAGAUCUCGAUCAGAUACGGCAUUGGCCAGCGCUUUAACGACAUCGAAGACAAGAGUGUCUUACCCACAGGUAUAUACUACAUGUACAUUGGCGAGACCUUUGGCCUGUUUUCUGUACCUCUCAGCAAGGCAUCUUUUUGUGUCACUCUUCUGCGUCUCACGGUCAUCCAAUGGCAAAAACAACUCCUAUGGUUCAUCAUAGUCACCGUGCAGCUCACGUUCUAUGCUACAGCGAUCAUGACAUGGGUGCAAUGCACCCCAUUUCGAAAGCUGUGGGACUUGGAAACGCCAGGAACGUGCUGGGAUAAUCGCAUCGUCAUCUACUUUAGCAUGUUCGUUGGUGCCUAUUCUUCCUUGAUGGAUUUUCUUCUCGCGAUAUGUCCGUGCCUCAUCAUCCACAAGCUGCAGAUGAAACGCCGCGAGAAGUGGAACAUCAUUCUGGCGAUGAGCAUGGGGUGCUUAGCCGGUGUUGCGUGCGCCGUGAAGACCGCAUAUCUACCUUUGAUCGGAACAUGGGCCGACUUCACCUACAACAUCGGCGAUGUUCUCAUCUGGGCCAUCACCGAGUCCGCCAUCACCAUCAUGGCCGCCUCCAUUCCCUUCAUGCGUCUUAUGGUCCAAGACUUCACCAGUCGCGGCGACAGCAAAGGCCCGAGCUUCGGCAACACCGGCUCAUAUCGACUGGAGGACACACCACGCUCGGGGCGGAGAAUAGGUAUGAGGACCGAUAUCUCAGCGCAGAAGAAAGGCCUGGACACAAUAGCACUCGAGGGCGAUGAUCAGAGCGACAGAAGCAUCCUCAGAGACGCGAAGGACUGCGAUCGAAUCACCACGACUCGUGAAGUCACGGUUGCUUAUAGUGAGCAUGGCGAUGACUCCAGCGCCGAUGAUCGAGUGGCAAGAAUGUCGUAGGUGGGAAACCGUUUCGUUGGUCAGGUGCUGCAUCAGUGGCCGGUUCACACUGCAGCGCGCACGCCACACUUGACUAUUCCGUUGCAUCUAUCAUAUUCAUAAUGUUAAUCCAAUCUCAUUCACAUGACUCAUUGCGUGGUAAGUAUAAAACGGCGUUUAACACAGGUAGUUGAUCUCUAGGACAAGUAACUAUACACUUAAACCCUAGUAAAGGAAUGUUUGAUUAAAGGACAGAGGGAACAAAGAAGAGUGUGCAUACUUGAACAGUCCUCCUCACUGCAUUUUCAUAGUCUAUCAAUACAUCAGAAUGUCAAC